GUUCGCUUCUUGAAGUUUGUGCGGCUGCGCAGUCGGAAGCGGUUCUCCACACAUGGGCAAGAUGGCGGCGCUGGAUUCCGAGCAGGUAGCUAAGGCUGUGAAGGCCCUACAGGCAUAUGUGAAGAAAAGUAAAAAUGACACAAAGCUAUUUCUGAAUGAAGAUGAGAACAUUAUGCUGAAUGUUACAGUGUGGAAGAUUCCAAAUCGGGAGCAAACCAUAAAAAUAACUCUACCUCAUUCAAUUCGAUCAGAGACAAUGGAAGUUUGUCUCUUCACUAAAGAUGAACCAAACAUGACCACAGAUCAGACAGAGAGAUUCUAUAAAAGGCUUCUCAGCAAGCAUGGCAUUGAGAAUGUAACACAGGUCAUUCCAUAUAAGACACUGAAGACUGAAUAUAAACCAUUUGAAGCAAAGCGACGUUUGUUGAGCAGAUUCGACCUGUUCCUAGCUGAUGACCGAAUCAGACGAUUUUUACCCUCUCAUUUAGGCAAACAUUUUUACAAAUCCAAAAAAGCGCCUCUGUCUGUAAAGCUGUCUUCAAAGAGUCUUGCAAAAGAUCUGAACAAACGAAUCCAGGGCACAAUCCUUCCUGUCAACAAGAAGGGCAGCUGUUAUGCUUCCCGUGUAGCUCAUACAGGAAUGAAGUUGCAGGACACAGUGGAAAAUGUUAUUGCUGCUGUUAGCGUUAUUACAAAGAAGUUGCCCAAGCAGCAAUGGAAAAAUGUAAAAAUUCUUCACUUGAAAACCACAACUUCUGUUGCUCUGCCCAUAUAUGCAUCUGGUAUGGAGAACCUUCAGGAGUUAGAGGAAAGUCUUCCAAAGACUCCCAAGAAAAAGCAGAAAGCAAAUAAGCAGAAGAAAGCAACAAAAGUUGGAAAUUCAGAAAUUGCAACAGAAGUACCAUCAUCGACUGAGGUUACGAGUGUUCUUGUUGAGGCAGUCAAGGCGAAGGCAAAAAAACCAAAGUCUCCUGUUGCCAAUAAACAUGCCACAGAAGAAGAAAUACCACAGCUCGUUCCCAUUGAAGAGCAAACACCCACAAAGAAGGCAAAAUUGCAACAGGGACUGAAUAGAAAAAAGAGCACCACACCAAAGGCAGCUGAUGGAAAUGAGACUCCUGUUGGUGAGAAACUACAGCAAGAAAAAUGCAAAAAAACACCACAAACACCUAAGCAGAAUCCAGAAAGCCUCAGACUGCAGACUCCGGUCACGGGAGGAAAAUGCCUUCAAACACCAAAACAGGAAGUGGGAAAAAAAGAUUUCUUACUUGAGAGUAGCACACAAAAGAAAACUGCUAAGAACCCUCAGCAGAAGUCAGUAGGAGCCCCCAAAACCAAGAAAUUAGUAAAAUCGGCAACGAAAACCCCCAGACAGAAACAAAAGCGAACAAUUCCACAGUCUGUUUGAACUUUGUCCGAGGCUUUUUAAACAGCGUGGAUCUCUUGUUCAAAAGCUGGCUGUAAAUUCUUUGCCACUUCGUGGUCUGUCAAAUACACAUUGUGUUGAUUACGUUUGUUUAAUACAUAUGGCAUUGUUUAAUAAUUCAAAUGAGAUCUUUGGUUGAUGUUGAUCACUGUGGUAACAGCUUGAAAAAAAAUCUCUUGUCCUCAGCUGAAUAGAUAUAGUCAUUGGUGCUUCAGUCAUCGGAAUUGGAGAAUAAAAUGCCAAGUUUAACAGA